AUGAUCGAUGCGUUCUUUGUAUUUGCGCCCCGUGGGAGCCUGAUAGUGAGCAAGCUCAUCAGCGGGGAGGCCAAGGAAUCGCUGUCGGAAGUGUUCCGGCUGCAAGUUAUCAAUGGGUUGGAGAUACGAUCACCGGUGCUGACCCUGGGGUCAACGACGUUCCAGCACAUACGCACGAGUGGAGGGCUCUGGAUGGUGGUGGUGGUGCGAGGUAAUGCGGACAGCGCGGCGAUUUGGGAGUUUCUGUAUCACAUGAACAAACUGCUGGAUGCAUACGCAAUCAACACUGAGGAGGCGCUACUGGAUGACUUCAUGCUGUGCUACGAGCUGCUGGACGUGGUGCUGGAUAGUGGGCUUCCCCAGGAUACCGAGCUGUCGCACAUCGUGCCGCUGCUGUCGCGGAAGCCGGCGACGGGCGAAAGCGCGAGCGGCGACGACUUCCUGAACAGCGCGCGGCUGCGGCGGACGGGGACGAAGAACGUCUCCGUGGAGACGCUGGACCACUUCAGCCGGGAUGUGUGCCCAUGGCGCGGGGAGGGGAUCAAGUAUAAGAAAAACGAGGUCUACCUAGAUGUGAUAGAGAAGCUGAGCCUGCUGGUAAACCGCGACGGCACGAUCCUGAAGGCAUAUGUGGAUGGCACGGUCCAAUGCACCGCGCAUUUGUCCGGCAUGCCACUCUGCCACUUUGGGUUCAAUGACUCGCAGUCGUUGCGGCAGCGCUCGCCCCGCAGGCAGUACGCGCCGCGCGUGUUCGGCACGGACGAGCGCGAAAGUGUUGUGCUCGAGGACUGCAAGUUCCACCAGUGCGUGCAGCUCAACAAGUUCGAUCAGGAGCGGGUCAUCCGCUUUGUUCCCCCAGACGGCGAAUUCGAGCUGAUGAAGUACCACAUCAGAGACGACCUCCGGCCGCCCUUUAAGGUCACCCCCGUGGUUUCCAAGGUCAAUGAGCGGUCUAUAGAGUACCGCAUCACCCUGCAGUCUCUGUUCCCCACCAAGCUGUCCGCGAAGGACGUCGAGCUCUAUAUCCCGGCACCGCCCUACACGAUAAGCGCCAAGGUGAACGUGUCCUGCGGCAAGUGUAAGUUCGUCCCCGAGGAAAACGCCAUCAUUUGGAAGAUCCACAAAUUCCAUGGCCUUACCGAAAACACCCUUUCUGCUGUCACCAUAGCCGACGAGCAGGGACAUUACGCGCAGGUGCUCGACCAGUGGCCGCGGCCGCCCAUCUCCUUGAAGUUCGAGAUCAUGAUGUUCAGCAACAGCGGCCUUGUCGUCCGCUACUUCAAGGUCGUGGAGAAAGACCUCAAGUACAACACCUUCAAGUGGGUCAAGUACAUCUCGCGCUCUGGCGCCUACGAGAUUCGCUACUGA